AUGACUAUGGUCUCUGAUUUCCCCACUCCGGUGGGCGAUGACGGAGCGCUCAUGUCUGAAAAGCACAUCGGAAGGUCGGCCGUCAUCCUUCAUCAUUUCUACCCACGGAUUUAAUGUUCUUGGCAAAUAUCCAUGUUAACCUUGGCAAAUAUUUCUAGUGACGAUCGAUGUCUCUCAGAAGCCGUUGUGCCCUGAUUUUCUCUUAGGAAUUCCAAUCUGAUCUUCUCCAUACCUUUUAACGUUUAAGAUAACUGUGAUUCUCGACUUCAUGAUUCCACCACACUGUGGUAGGUGGGCUGUUCGGAAGGGAUCCAGAUGGCGACCGGUGGAUGGGUUUUCCUUGAAAAGAAAAAAGUCAACCAUUACUGUCUGUCUGCAAGAUUAUCAAUGGUUCACUCACGCAUAUGGUUCUGCAUUUUUGGUCGGCCUUUUGAGGUUCGUUAGAUGUGUGGCGUUGAAGAAUCUUCCUUUAGAAACAGUCAAACCCUCAAAUCAAGGAAUAACUAUGAUUCUCACAUUUUCGGUUAAAGAAUUUCCAUUUUGAAGAGAAAAUCCGACAUUUUUAUAUAAUACAUGAAAUUAUGAGCUUCGAGGAGCCCGGCGUUGCUACCUCUGGAAUCUAUCCAUUUUCUGUCGCCAGCCAUGUAUGAGGGGCAUUGGAUUUCCACAGGCUGUGAUUAAUCCGUUCUGCCAGCUGUAUCUGAACCCCGUGGAUCCAUGUGGAUAGGGUUUAUGUGGGGCCCAUCUAGCUGGAUGGCGUUUGAUGCACUGCUGAGGGGUGAUGAUGAUGAUGAUGAUUUGGAUUAAAUCGUAGGUUUAUUUCGCUCGUUAUUGUUCUGGUGUCUGAAAGUUUUCAUGACGCAGGCCUGAGAGGAGGAGUCAACGGAGAGUUCCGAAGAAAGUCCACAAAGCUGAGAGAGAGAAGCUGAAGCGUGAGCAUCUGAAUGACCUCUUUCUUGAGCUGGGUCAGGCUCUAGGUAACUGGGUUAUUCUUACAAUAUCGCCUUUUUUUUUCUCUUUUUUUGUGCCAAAAUUACAGCUCGUGGGUUCUGCCGUCAGAUCGGCCGCCCCAUGAAUUUACCGAAUCGAAUAAACUUUGGGUGAUUCAGUGGCGCAUUUAUUUAAUCAUUCGCCUCUGUGAGUGCAUUAAUAUUUCCCAAAAAACUAUGCAAUCAGAGCCGGGUCGGCACAACAAUGGCAAGGCCUCUGUAUUAGGCGACGCGGCUCGGCUGCUCCGGGACAUGCUCUCGCAGGUGGAGUCCCUCCGGAGAGAAAAUACCUCCUUGGCCACAGAAUCUCAAUUCGUGAGUCUUUCCGUCCAAAAACUGGCUCGAUCUUGUUCUAGGUUGACCAAAUCGUUCUCCGAUUAUCGUCUGCCGUAGAAAGUGGAGAUUAUGCUGCCAUUCUUCUUGUCCCCUGCUGAUCCGCAACUUCCCCGCAGGUGGCGAUGGAGAAGAGCGAGCUGAUGGACGAGAACCUCGCGCUGGAGCAGGAGAUCCGGAAGCUGCAGGAGGAGCUCAAGGAGAAGGGCAGGUCGAAACCCGCGUGGAGGGGCGGCGCGGAGGUGGCGCCGCCCCAGCCCUCCACGGCGGCGGCGGUGGUCGGACCUGUCUACGUCAUCCCCAUCAACCAGGAACUCGCCGCUUACUCUACGGAGGCGGCCGCGCCACCGCCGCCGCCGGGGUCCCCCCCGAAGCUCCCCUCUCAGGUGACCAGACCCCAUGCGAGAUACCCGACGCCGGCGGACUCCUGGCCGGAGCAGAUCCUCGCCCUGCAGCUCGGACCGGCGGCGCAGGACGGCCAGCACAGCGGCGGCAACGGCGGCGAUGGCAGCGACAGCUCCACCAGCAGCAGCAGCAGCAGCGGCGGCGGCGGCCGGACGGAAGCCUGCUAAGUGGGCUGAUCGAGAGGUUACCCAGGUUUUGCGGUUCUGUUCUGACCAAGACAAGUCAGCAGCGCCAGUCAGCGGCGGCGCCACCGCCAGCUGCGCCCAGGGCGGGCCUAGGGUGUCGGCCCAGAUUAGCGACUGUAACCUGGUUUGGAAUCAUGUGUAA